UUUAAGUAAUUGUCCUCUCGCCUUUUUUCUUUUCAUAUUCAGGCAAUAGCGAGAGGAAUAAUUUAAGAUCUCGGAACCAGUGACGGAAAUAACUACACCGCGGCCGGCGAUUUAGAUCGGAGACUGUAAACGAUGGCCGAUCACGCCGGCGAACACGAGAAACACGAAUCCGUCGCUGAAUCUGUGAUGGAUAAGAUCACGGAGAAAUUCCACGGCAGCGACUCGUCGUCAUCUGAUUCCGAUAACGACAUCAAAUCAUCCGCCUCCGCGGUGAAGGCCAAGAUCUACCGCCUGUUCGGCCGUGAAACGCCAGUGCACAAGGUUCUCGGCGGUGGAAAACCUGCUGAUAUUUUCCUAUGGAGGGACAAAAAAACCACUGGUUAUGUGCUUGGUGUUGCAACCGCAAUUUGGGUGCUUUUUGAAUUGCUUGAAUAUCAUCUGCUCUCCCUUGUCUGUCAUUUCUUGAUCCUCGGUCUGGCAAUCCUUUUCUUGUGGUCGAAUGCUUCCACCUUUAUCAGCAAGUCUCGUCCUAAGUUUCCGGAAGUAAUUAUCAGUGAGAAUGUUGUCGUAAGUGUUGCUUCAGCUCUUACGAUAGAAUUCAACCGAGCUUUUGCCAUACUUCGAGAGGUAGCAUCUGGGAAAGAUCUGAAGAAGUUCUUGGCGGUGAUAGCUGGCCUUUGGGUUCUUUCUGUUCUGGGAAGCUGCUUCAACUUCCUCACUCUGUUUUACACCUGUUUUGUUUUGUUGCACACAGUACCUGUGCUUUAUGAAAAAUACGAGGACCAGGUUGAUGCAUUUGCUGAGAAAGCUGAGCAUGAAAUCAAGAAACAAUACGCCGUGUUUGAUGUCAAGGUUUUGAGCAAAUUACCUAAAGCAAUUCUCAAAUACAAGAAGUUUUGAAAACCCCCCAUGAGGUGGUGGUGGUGUGCUGGUGUUACUAGGUUCUUGGCUAGCUGUGUUUUUCCUUUUUGUUGUUGUGCCUUAGUUGUCUGAAAGUACCCAUGUUUGGUGGCUUGGUUUUGCUACGUCUGGGUUCACUAGGUAAAAUGGUUCUCGUAUUUUACUUGGGCAGUUUCCGAGUCUGUGUGCUACUACAAAUUCUAAAUUAAUAUGCUUCAUUGAAAGCUGAAUAUUUAUUCGUAUGAUUGAUGAUGGCUCAACCUUCUUCUGGUUUGUUUAGCAUACCGGAAACGAAUGUUGAAAAUUUACUCCAUUCAGAAACUGCAAUCUUACCGAGGGAAAGUUUAUUUUUCAUGGUGGAUUUGAAUCAUAUUCUAUUUCCGUUAUUCGGAGAAUGUUUAAUCGAA